AUGUCUCAAAGACUUAUGAUCAAGAACAUCCCCAUUUCGAAGCUUAACACCUUCGCCGCUUAUACUCGGUCAUUCAAUUCCUUAACAGCUAUCCAUAAGCUUGUCCCGCCUUUAGCACCUGCCGCGGCCCCAAAUGUCGCCGGAAAACGUUUGCUCACUACAGGCCACAGGGUCAAGUCUAUCCUGCAGGCUCGUACGUUUUCCACGACGGUCGCGAGGAAGGUGCAGGAUACAACUCAGGCCGCACCUUCUGCGAAGGCGUAUCUUGAGUCGGGGGUGAUUGCGGGUAGCGGCAACUUGGUCGAUGUGAACAAGGUGUUGGUUAUUGGUAGCGGUGGCUUGAGUAUCGGGCAAGCAGGAGAGUUCGAUUACUCCGGAUCCCAAGCUAUUAAGGCACUAAAAGAGGCUGGCAAGCAGUCUAUCCUUAUUAAUCCUAAUAUCGCAAACAUUCAGACAUCUCAUUUCCUCGCGGACGAGGUCUACUUCCUCCCGGUUACUACCGAGUACAUCUCCCAUGUCAUCGAGCGAGAGCGUCCAGAUGGUAUCCUUCUCACUUUCGGAGGCCAAACCGGUCUCAAUGUUGGUGUCAAGCUUGACAAGAUGGGUGUUUUCGAGAGAAUGGGUGUCAAGGUCCUAGGAACUCCAAUCAAAACUUUGGAGACAUCCGAGGAUCGUGAUUUGUUUGCUAAGGCAUUGAAGGAAAUCGAUAUUCCAAUCGCUGAAUCUAUCGCUGUCAAUACUGUUGAGGAAGCAUUGGCUGCCGCCGAAGAGAUCGGAUACCCUAUCAUUGUCCGUUCCGCCUAUGCCCUAGGAGGUCUAGGAUCUGGAUUCGCAAAGGACCGCGACGAACUCGAAUCUCUAUCUUCCCAAUCCCUCUCCCUCGCACCUCAAAUUCUCGUCGAGAAGUCCCUGAAGGGAUGGAAAGAAGUCGAGUAUGAGGUCGUUCGAGAUGCUUCCAACAACUGUAUCACAGUCUGCAACAUGGAGAACUUUGAUCCUCUAGGUAUCCACACUGGAGACAGUAUCGUCGUCGCUCCAUCCCAGACACUCAGUGACGAGGAGUACCACAUGCUUAGAUCUGCUGCCAUCAAGAUUGUUCGACAUCUUGGUGUCGUUGGUGAAUGUAAUGUGCAGUACGCGCUUCAGCCCGAUGGAUUGGACUACAGAGUUAUUGAAGUCAAUGCUCGUUUGUCUCGUUCGUCUGCACUUGCAAGCAAAGCUACCGGUUACCCAUUGGCCUAUACCGCCGCCAAGAUCGCACUCGGACACACACUACCAGAAUUACCAAAUGCUGUCACUAAGACUACCACCGCCAACUUCGAACCUUCCCUCGAUUAUAUCGUCUCCAAGAUUCCACGAUGGGAUCUGAGCAAGUUCGGUCACGUCAAGCGUGAUAUUGGAUCUGCUAUGAAGUCUGUCGGCGAAGUCAUGGCUAUCGGUCGUACCUUUGAAGAGUCUAUCCAAAAAGCUAUUCGACAGGUCGACCCUAGUUUCCUUGGCUUCCAAGGCGACAAGUUUGAGGACCUUGACUAUGAAUUGUCUCACCCAACCGAUAGGCGAUGGCUUGCUGUCGGUCAGGCCAUGCUUCACGAAAACUAUAGCGUAGAACGUGUCCAUGAGCUCACAAAGAUUGACAAAUGGUUCCUUUACAAGCUCCAGAACAUUGUUGACUGCCAUCAUGAGAUUCUAAAUAUCGGUUCUCUCUUCGGACUAAACCAGGAAAUCCUGCUGAAGGCUAAGAAACUUGGUUUCGGAGACAAGCAAAUUGCUAAGCUAGUAGGCUGCACCGAAGACGAAGUCCGUGCCCGCCGAAAGAACUUCAACAUCCACCCAUGGGUCAAAAAGAUUGAUACCCUCGCCGCUGAAUUCCCUGCUGAUACCAACUACCUUUACACCACCUACAACGCUUCUUCUCACGAUGUCACCUUCGACGACCAUGGCAUUGUUAUCCUUGGUUCUGGUGUCUACCGUAUCGGUAGCUCCGUUGAAUUCGAUUGGUGUGCCGUUUCCGCUACCCUUGCCCUUCGUGAACUCGGCAAGAAGACUGUCAUGAUCAACUAUAACCCUGAAACAUACUCCACCGACUUCGAUACCGCCGAUAAGCUCUACUUCGAAGAAUUGAGCUAUGAGCGUGUUAUGGAUAUCUAUGAACUUGAAGCCGCAGCCGGUGUCGUUGUUUCUGUUGGUGGUCAGCUACCACAGAACAUUGCGCUUAAGCUCUCUGAGACUGGUGCUAAGGUUUUGGGAACUGAUCCAAAGGAUAUCGACAAGGCUGAAGAUCGUCAUAAGUUCUCUCAAAUUCUUGAUAGCAUUGGUGUGGAUCAACCCGCAUGGAAGGAACUCACCAGCUUUGAGGAGGCUCUUAACUUUUCUCGCUCCGUUGGUUUCCCAGUCCUUGUCCGCCCAUCUUACGUUCUCUCCGGUGCUGCCAUGAGCGUUAUCCGUGACGAAAGCGAGCUUGAGGAGAAACUCAAGAAUGCUGCGGCCGUUACACCCGAUCACCCGGUCGUUAUCACUAAGUUCAUCGAAGGUGCCAUGGAAAUCGACGUCGACGCUGUCGCCCACGAAGGAAAGUUGUUGAUCCACGCUGUAUCCGAACACGUCGAACAAGCCGGUGUCCACUCUGGUGAUGCAACUCUCGUCUUGCCACCCCAGAAUCUCGAUGAAUCCACAAUGGCCCGCGUAAAGGAAAUCGCAGUCAAGGUCGCAAAGGCCUGGUCUAUCACCGGUCCAUACAACAUGCAGAUCAUUAAGGCCGAUAACCCAGAAGGUGGAGAACCACAACUUAAGGUUAUUGAAUGUAACCUUCGUGCCUCUCGUUCCUUCCCAUUCGUUAGCAAGGUCCUUGGCGUCAACUUCGUCGAUGUUGCAACUAAGGCUCUUGCCAACACUGCUGUCCCGGAGCCAGUCGAUGUCAUGGCAAAGAAGGUUGACAGGGUUGCUACCAAGGUUCCACAGUUCUCGUGGACCAGAUUGGCAGGCGCUGAUCCCUUCUUGGGAGUUGAGAUGGCUAGUACCGGAGAAGUUGCUUGCUUCGGAAAGGAUCUUGUUGAAGCUUACUGGGCUAGUAUUCAGUCCGUCAUGAACUUCACAGUUCCAGAACCUGGUAGUGGUAUACUCCUUGGCGGUGAUGUGUCUGCUCCGCACCUCAGGGAGAUCGUUGAAUACAUCGCCCCAAUGGGUUACAAACUGCUUGCUGCUAACCCUAAGGUUAAGGCGGCCUUGGAGAAGGAGGUCCCAUCUGCCAAGAUCGAGGUUGUCGAAUUCCCAAAGACGGAUAAGAGGAAAUUAAGGGAGCUGUUCAAGGAAAAGGACGUCAAGGGUGUUUUCAACCUUGCUGCUGCCCGAGGCAAAGAUUUGUUGGAUGAGGAUUAUGUUAUGAGGAGGAAUGCGGUCGAUUUCAACGUACCGCUGUUUAUGGAACCUAAGACGGCUGUGCUGUUUGCUAGGUGUUUGAGCGAGAAGUUACCCAGGAAGGAGGGUAUUCCAAGCGAAGUUAUGCGAUGGAGUGAAUUUAUUGGCGGAAAGCCAUUGUAA